GCGACACCCCGAACCACACCAAAAAUGGCCGGAAUCAAGCGCAAAUCCGCGGGAACAAGUGCGCCCGAGAUCAAGGACAAGAGCAAGAAGGUCAAAGUCGACAAAUCGGCGGCGAAGAGCAAAUCAAAGCACGAGGUUAAGCCAGUAAAGAAGGCGAAGAAGGCCAAGGAAGAGAGCUCCGACGAACUCGACGAAUCCGAUACCAGUGAACAGGACAAUGGCUUCUAUGGUUUCUCUGCUGCCGACGGAGAGGAUGUAGACAUGAGCGAUGCAGAAAGCAGUGAAGAGUCCGAGGAACAGAUCCCAACGUCGAACGGCAAGGCGCACAAGCACAAGAGCGAAGGCGAUAGCUCAAAGAAGCCCAAAGGAGAUGGCGCAGACUCCAAACUGGCGGGUCUGAAUGCAAGCAACUCACGAGAAGCGCACCAGAAGCAGAAAGCCCUUGCCAAGGAACGCAAGGCUGCGAAGCCCAACGCGGAUAUUAUCGAGCGCUCCAAGAAGCUGUGGGAAAAGCUUAGACUGAAGUCUCAUGUCGAAAAGGACGAAAGGAAGGAACUCAUCAAGGAGCUGUUUGAGAUCAUCACUGGCAGAGUCAAGGAUUUUGUCUUCAAGCACGACUCUGUGCGUGUCAUUCAGACUGCCAUCAAAUACUCGACUAUGGAACAACGGAGAAUGAUUGCCCGCGAACUGAAGGGAGAGUUCAAGGUUUUGGCCGAGGGCAAAUACUCCAAGUUUUUGAUCGCCAAACUGGUGGAGAAAGGUGACCCUGAGAUUCGCGACCUCAUCAUCAGCGAGUUUUACAGCCACAUCAAGCGUAUGAUCAACCACCCCGAAGCCGCAUGGAUUGUGGACGAUAUAUACCGAGCCGUCGCGACCCCAGAGCAGAAGAACCGUAUGCUGCGAGAGUGGUAUGGACCCGAGUUCUCUAUCAAGGGUCUGGGCGCCCAAGGCUCAGACACCGCGGACCUUUCAGUCAUCAUGAAAGAAUCUCCCGAGAAGAAGAAGCCGAUCAUGGACUACUUGGAGAACCAGAUCAACUCGCUCAUCCAGAAGAAGCUGACUGGCUUCACCAUGCUGCACGACGCCAUGCUGCAGUACUUCUUGGUCUGCGAACCUGGUACCGAACAAGCAAACGAUUUCCUCGAGCAUCUCAAGCCCGAUCCAACAACAAAGGAGGGCGAAGAGGCUGACAACGUGGACCUGUUGAAGAACCUUGCAUUCACCAAAUCGGGCUCGCGACUCAUGUCACUCUGCUUCGCGUACGGCACAGCAAAAGACCGCAAGCUCUUCCUGCGACCGUACAAGGACACUGUCGAGUUGAUGGCCUUCGAUCAGCAUGCUCACCACGUUCUUCUCGCUGCGCUGGCUGUCACAGAUGAUACCAAGCUCUCUGCGAAAUCCGUCUUUAGCGAGCUUCUUCCCAGCAACGACAGUCUACCAGAGAAGGUUCUUAACCUCGUGAACGAUGCUCGUGCGCGCACAGUUCUAUUGUAUCCAUUUGCCGCUGAUGCCAAGUGGCUGUUGGACGACAACACACGAGAACGGUUGAGCGAAUUGUACGCUAUCCGCGAGAAGACUUCCAAGAAGGAUCCCAAUGUCCGUCUGCAAGAGAUUGCAAAGUCUAUUGAGCCGCAACUACUGACAGCAGUCACUGCUCGAGCAGCUGACUUUGCUUCAUUCACAUUCGGCUUGCAGUUCAUGGGCGAAGUUCUCGUUGGAGCACCCGAGGUGGAGCCGACUAAGCGCAAGGAGGCUCUGACAGAGGUUGCACGCCUUUCCCAAUCGAUACUGGACUCUUCUCUCCCUGCUUCAGCUGGCGAUAACAAGGCCACCAGCCAUGGCAAGAAUAUGCUCAAGAUGCUCGUACAAGGCGGCAAAUUCGACCCUGUCGCCAAGAAGGUUGUUCCGGUUGAGCCUGCGCUUGGGUUUGCAGAUUUGCUAUGGCCUCAGAUCAAGGGCACUAUUGUUGACUGGGCUACCGGCCAAGGUUCGUUUGUUGUCGUUGCUCUGACUGAGGCCGAAGGCUUUGAAAAGAAGGGCGAUGUGUUGAAAGCAUUGAAGAAGGAGAAGAAGGCAUUGGAGGCUGCUGCCAACCCCCCGGGCAGCGACAAUGGGGAGCCGAAGAACAAAAAGCAGAAGAAGGGUGGCAAGUCGGAAACUGCACCCAGGGGCAAUGCGGGUGCAAAGAUUUUGCUUGAAAAGUUGUAGGGCGCCUAUUUAUUAGAAUAUGUUCUUUUCCUAAACACAUGUCAU